GAACAUGACAAGUGGAUGAAUACUUUGCAUCAUAUUGCCGUUCCUAUUCCAUAUGUCCGAGCUGCAAGACUAGAACCGCCUCCUAGAGGUUAUUGACUCAAAAGCUACAGGUAUCAAGAUUAUUAGCUACAAGGAUAGCAGUAUCACAAAUUCGUCAGACGUAAAGUAAAUGAUGAACAAUAUCACGAAGUGGGGGAUCUGUGUACGAGUGCCUGCACUUCACUUCUUCUUCUUCUUCUUCCCUCCCUUGCUGUUAGUUGCUUUCAUUGCCGGGGCACUUGUCUUCGAUUUCUUAACAUCCUCCUCCUCUUUGUCCUCUUCGGGAGCAUUACCCUCUCCAUCCCCUGUCGGAACGGCCGGCUCUCCAGGAGUAGCGACGGGUUCUGCAGGGGGGUUUUCUUCUCCAGCUUUCUCUUCAGUCGUCGCUGUAUCAGUAGGAGGUGGUACUGUCUCGUCUGUGGUUGGUACUACAGCGUUCGCCACAUUGGUCGGUGCCUCAGCUGGUGCAGGAGUCUCUUCCGUUGCCUGUACUGGAGCAGCGGGCGGAUCAGCGUCGCCCGCAUUGAAAAGAGCGCGAGGGAGUGGAAGCGGGGAUGCAUCGGGAUUCAGUGAGGGCAUCAAACUCUUCUUGUCAUCACCGACGAGGUUACUGAUUGACCCUGAAAGAGAGCUGAGGUUUCCAAGAGAAGAAAUGUGUUCAGCUGGAAGUAAGGGUGAACCAGGUUUUGGCGAGGACUUGGAACUUUUCCUGCCAUCAGCGCUGAGGAGAUUACCAAAUCCUGCGAGAGUAGAACCGAUGCCUCCAAAAGUGGAUCCAGCUGGCAUAGACCAGCUUGAUCUCACCCCCAAUCCGGUGGUGGCCUUUAAACUCGAGCCCCAUCCGGUGCUACCAGAAGAACCCCAAGUAGGGGAACUAACUGGCUCUGUCUGUUCAGCGGACUGCUGACCCCACGGCUCAUCGAGGCUCCAACCACCAUCGCCAUUGGUGUCAUUCGCUGAUGCAGAUGGUGCUUCCGACGAGAGAUUGAGCUCGAGUGUGGGCACAGAAAUGUCAAUACCCAGAACGUUGGAUUGUGUCUCUGUGACACUGAGAGCCGUCUCCGUGUGCUGCUCGGUAACCACGACUUCUGAAAUCUCUGUGUGCUGCUCGGCAACCACGACUUCUGAAACUUCCGCAAUCGCGGAUGCACUUCAGAGACGAUAGUGGUAGACAUCGAGUGGUGGGCUUCUCCGAGUGCAGGUGUAGAUGGCUCUGAAAGCUUGACCUCUGCAGUCUUUGGCGUCGCUUUGUGA